AUGUCGAUCAAUGUGCUACAUGUUGGGAUUGUUUUUAUGCUUGGUUGGGAUCCAUCAACUAAGGAGUUUAGAAAGUGUUGGGGUGUUGAUCUGCUCGAUAAUUGUGGGAUCAUUGAUGAAGUAGAUGGGGUUAAGGAAGCUUGUGCUAGAAGGCGCAAAAAUUAUAUUCAUAGCUUGCAAGACAGGAAUGGGCUAACGGUUGGGGAUGGGCCUAAGCUUCGCCAUUUCAUCUCCGAAUUCUAUUUGGAUCUUUUUGAGGUUCAUAAACCUCCAGUUGCUCAACUCAGUUAUGACUGGAGUUCUCUCCAUCUUCCUUCUUUGUCUGAGGCAAGUAAAGAUCUUCUUAUGCUCCCUUUUUCAGCCCAGGACAUCCGUCAGGCUAUGUUUAAUAUUGCUGAUAAUAAGUCUCCGGGGCCAGAUGGGUUUUCAGCCGCGUUCUUUAAACUUCAUUGGAAUGUGGUUGGGGACCAUAUUGUUCAUGCCAUUCAAUUCUUCUUCUCUCAUGGCUUCAUGCUUAAGGAUUGGAAUCGUACCUUCCUGAUUCUUCUUCUUAAGGUGUUACAUCCGGAUUCAGUUUCUCAGUUUCGACCGAUUGGGUUAUGUAAUGUCAUUUAUAAAUGUAUUGCUAAAUGUCUCACCCAUCGGAUGCAGUCUGUGUUGCCUUCCUUGAUCAGCGACACUCAGAAUGCGUUUGUGCCAGGCCGAUUAAUGUCUGAUGAAUGUCUUAUUGCCCAUGAGCUCAUGUCUUACAUUAAUAGGGCAAAGGCGAGAAAGAAGUUCUUCGCUGUGGUCAAACUUGAUAUGAAUAAGGCCUAUGAUAGAGUUCGUUGGGAUUUUUUAUUUCAGGCCUUACAGGAAUUUGGAUUCCCUCCUUAUUGGGUCCACAUUAUUCGUCAAUGUAUAACUACAGUCUCUUAUCAGGUGUUGGUCAAUGGCGAACCAACACGUUCCUUUAACCCUAAGUGUGGUAUGCGCCAAGGGGAUCCAUUGUCUCCAUACUUAUUUGUCUUGUGUAUGGAAGUUUUUUCGGCGUUAAUGCGUAGAUCUGAAAAUGACCAUCUUAUUCAGGGUAUUUCGGUCUGCAGGGGUGCACCGUUAGUUUCUCAAUUAUUCUUUGCGGAUGAUUCUCUUCUUUUCUUUAGGGUAUCUCCAGAGGUUUGUGAUCAGGUGCUCUCUGUCCUUGCAGAAUUCAGCUCUUUAUCAGGUCAGGUGAUUAAUUAUCAAAAGUCUUUUGUCAAAUUCAGUCCUAAUACUCCCCAGGACUAUCGUGAUUAUUUGGCUUCUUCUUUGCGACUUGGUCAAAGGCCUUCUUUGGGUCCUUACUUGGGAGUCCCGGUUGAUAUUGCUCGUAAGCUGGCGAACUUUUCCACUCUUCACCUUUCGUCGGCGACGAAGUUGGUAGUCAUCAACUCGGUGUUGGUGGCUUCCAUUACUCAUGUUCUUUCCGUGUUCUUGAUUCCGAAAUCUAUUUGUGACCGUAUUGACAGUUUAUGUCUUCGGUUUUGGUGGCGUUCUUCUGCUGCGUCACGAGGUAUGUCUAUGGUUCCCUCAUCCGUCAUUCACCUUCCUAAGGGAAUGGGAGGAUUGGGUAUUCAGAACAUCAGCACCUUCAAUCAGGCUCUGUUGGCUAAAACAGCUUGGCGUAUUGUCCACCAUCCUCAGUUACUGUUGUCGCAUUUCAUCCUUGAUGAUGUUUGGGUUUCUAAUAAGCUGGUUUCUUUUAAAUCUUCUGUGAAUGGGUUGGUUUGCCCAACCCAUGUUUCUUCUUUACUUGAUCUGCGUUCUUACGCGUGGAAUGUGGGUAUGAUUCGUCGUCUUUUCCCUGAUGAGAUCUCGUGUCAUAUUCUGGCUCUAGAGCGACCGUCAUGUGUAAUGGAUGAUUUCAUGUACUGGAAAUUUGCCCCAGAUGGAACAUUCUCAGUACGCUCGGCUUAUGCGAUGCUUCUGCAAACUUCUCAUCAUACUGCCUCCACGGCUUCUGUUCCUUCUUCUCUCUGGUGGAAGCAUCUUUGGGGUAUGGAUGUUCUCCCCCGUUUCAAGCUCUUCCUUUGGAAGUUGCUUCGCCAUGCUUUACCGGUUGCUGCUUCGCUUUGUCAACGGGGUAUGCCAGUUGACCCACUGUGUUCCUUAUGCCACCAGGAUUCAGAAACUAUCACCCACCUCUUUCGGGAUUGUCCUUUGAUUGUCCAUCUUUGGUCUUCUGGUCCCCUUUGCUCGUUUAGUCCGUCUUUUUCUUUGGUUUCGUUUAUUCCCUGGUGUAUUCAGUUUGUUGCUAAUCUGUCCUCUGCUCCGCGGGGUCUUUUGGAUGUGUUCAUUUCUAUGCUUUGGACCAUUUGGAGUUUGCGUAAUCAGGCUCGUUUUCGUGACACUGCUUGGGAUCCGGGAGCUUUUCAAAGCGUUCUGGCUGGUUGGAGGAUUCGGUGCUCUGAGGUUCGGAAUCUUCACCGUUGUGUCUCUAUGUCUCAGAUUCGUCUGCGGAGUUCAGUUCGGGUGGCUCCUAUUCCUGAGUUGUCUCCUGGUUCUACUGCUUCUACUGGCUCGAACGCGGAUGUCUGUCUCCUAUCAGAUGGGGCUUGGAUGUCUACUUCUAAUAAUGCAGGGUUGGGUUGGGUUCUUCAAGAUCCGGUUUCUUUAUCCCAGGUAGGAGGCGGGGCUCAAGCGUGUAUUCUGGAUUCCGCGCUUCAGGCAGAGUUGAAUGCUUGUUUAAUGGGUGUCCAGAUGGAGGUUAGGAGAGGUUUUUCGAGGAUAUUACUUUAUUCUGAUUCCUCGAUCUUAGUAGGUCUGUUGACUACGUCUCAUCCAAGCCCAGUUUCGGUGAUCUGGAUGGUUCAGCGGUUGCGGGAUAUUCUUCAUGACUUGGAUUGGUUUUCAGUUCGCAAGGUCUCUCGUCAGUUGAUUUCCCCUGUUCAUAUUCUAGCCACCUCGGCUCGUCGUCGCCAACUUCUCCGUCACAGUUUUUAG